AUGUAUACGUAUACGAUGCCUCUUGAUCAACACUCUCUCUGUACAUGGUCUCUUAUGCCCCCCUCUCGGCCCCCCCCUCGUAAUCCCGUAAGGCCUGAAAUGGAACAAUACUCCUCUUCGUGUUGUUUGAACAAUGACAUCGAUCUCAUUGUAAAUAAACCAUCAGUUUCAUCUCUUAGUCCACUACAGAAUAAUGUCGCGAUUUUAUCAAGUAAUGCCUUCUAUAAUCCGUCUACUUCAAUUGUUCCGCCCGAUUUGGACUUCUUCACUAACAGACAGCUGCGCUUGCGAAAAGUCAUCGGCAAAGGCGCCAUCUCAUACGUGUAUUCCAUUGCUUCAAAUGAUACCGUUGUUUUAAAGUUUCCUACAGGCAGGAAAAAAUACAAUAUCAUCAUAAAUGAGUUCCUGCUGCUGAAGUAUCUGUCCGAUCCCUCGGCGCCACGCAACAACCAUAUCAUACAAACAUUGGGUGUCACGUAUUUGACAAAGACUAAUUUCAAGAAUUUUAGAAAUGGCGAGCUGGUGCCAGCAAUUGCAUUGCACAGGUGCACUAUGGACCUGCAAAAUUACUAUGUGGAAUUGAACGGCAAGUUGGAUUACGCUGCUGCACCUAAUGGCAACGGAUUGAAGCGAUGCAAGGCUGCAUGGUGGAGGAUACUGGAACAUGCUUUGCAAGCAUUGGCUUUCUUGAAAAUGAAAAAGAUACUGCAUACCGACAUUAAAACUGCAAAUGUCUUAGUGGACAUAGCAGACAAUGGCCCCAUUUUUUAUAUAUCGGAUUUUACUUCGGCGGUAUUGUUGGAUCAAGAGCAAGGCGCCCUGGAGAUUGAACACAGCAUUUUCACAACUUUGGAAUACUGUUCCCCAGAACUUUUGCUGAAGUUUCGUGCUCACAACAGCAACAAGAGUGCUCCGGUACCCGAGGACAAACAUGAUUCGGUCGGUUGGGAGUCGUAUUAUAGAAGAGAUUUUUACUCGCUAGGACUGUGUCUAUUGGCAUUCAUUGUAAAUAAUGAACCCUAUAAGAAAAUUAAGGAUUUGAAGUUCCAUGCAGCGCAGAACAUCACGUCCUCAUUCGAAAGUAAUCAAUGGUUACUAAACAUAAUACUUCAAAAUACUCCUAUUAAAUUUAAUAUUCAAUAUGAUAGUCAUCUCUCAAACAAUAAACAAUUCGAAACGUUCUGGCAACAAGAAUUGGAUCUGUUGAAAAAAAUUCUUCAAAAUAAAAUAUCACUUGAAGAUUGCAUUACUUUAGUUAAACGGUAUGAUUCAGAUAUGGGGAAGGCUACUUAA